CAUCUCCUUCUUCGCAGCCCCUCUUCUGCGCUGUGCUUGAUCGCCUCAUCUUUUGCCAGUACUUGUUAGCUCCAUUGCUGAGGGGUUAGGGAAAGAAGAGAAAGCUCCUUUUGCUCCUCAGCAGAUGCCAUUCUAGCUUCUUUUUUUCCCCCCUGAUGCCCGGUCAUCUGGUGCUAAUCUGCCAUGGCGUCUCAAACUUAUUUUGGUUCUUCGAUCGAUAUAGUGUUUGGCGAUUGUUAUUUCUGUUUUUUUAUUUGGUGGGGAUAUGGUUUGUGAUUUCUCAGUGAUGAUAAUUAUCUAUAGAUGACGAGUCCGAUUAUCCAUUCAAAACCCUGACGACAAACGAGGCAUUUGUCUGAGAGGAAUCCAUAUCCAUGAUCCCACAAAGCCAAAAGAAAAUCCACCCUUUAAAGCUUUUUUUUUUGUAACGAUUUAAACUUUGAUCUUGUUUUGUUUUGGCAGUGGUGAUGAUAGAGUUUCUGUCUUAAUUUUACCACAAUGUGAUGAUUCAUAUCUCACCUCCUACUCAUUCUGAACUGCCUAUGAAUCAAAGUUUGUACAACAGUUUUUACACUUUUGCACUCUGGUUUUUUAGUUUUAAUGUGUAGACCCUGUUUUCUAAGGUCGUCUUUUCGAUCAAAUAAAGGAUCUCAUUUGUGUAAUUAAUCCUUUGCUGUCUCUCGGUCGUGGAUUAGAUGGUGAUUAUCUCUGGAUUGAUGACCUUUGAGUAAUCAGAAGAAUGGCGUGAAAGGGUUUUGGGUAUGAUGUAAGACCUUGACGACUGAAAACAUGUUUACAAGGACAAUUAAAACUCAGUUUACCACAAACGUUGAUUAUGCAGCAAUGAUGAGAAUGAUAUAACUCAAAUCUGAAUUGAGGUCAAAUAUUAUUUUGACCGGUGAUUCUAUUUCAAGCACUUUUGAGCUGCGAGAACCUGUUCUUAUCUAUUCAGAAAUUCUACUCACUAAUUUUACUAUAAAUAAAGACUAACUCAAUAAAUACAUCAAGGCCUAUUAGCUCAGCUGGUUAGAGCGUCGUGCUAAUAACGCGAAGGUCACAGGUUCGAGACCUGUAUGGGCCAAUUGUUUUUGCUGAGAUGACUAUUGACUACCCUGACCUUUCCUUUUGUUUUGGUGGAACCAUUUUUAAUUUCCAUUCCCUCACAGCCAUAAGAAUGAAGAAAGAGUCCUAGCUGUGGCCUGUGGGUCCUCUCUUCUCAUUUCAACCACUCUGGAACCUAGAAAUGAGAGAGUAUCUCUGAGCAGUGAGCUCUAAACAUCCCAAUAUAUCACUGCCCAUGUGGCAGCCUCCAUUACCAGUACCUUUAGCUCCAUCAACCAAUAGCAUUCCACUCUUAUCCUAUCCCCUUAUCCUUGCUCUUUCUCACCUCCAUAGCCAACCAACUUAACUCCUCUUCCCCACCUCAUCUCAAAACACACAAAAAUUCUCUCCCUCUGCCUUCUAUUUCCACCCAUCAGAGAUCCCCAGUGGUGGGUUUUUUUCCCCCCACACCUGUUUGUGGCUCAACCAUGGCAGCCUCACUUCAAGCUGCAGCAACUCUGAUGCAACCCACCAAGGUGGGAAGGAACUCAUCCAACAGCCUCGUUCAGUUGAGAUCUUCUCAGUAUGUGUCCAGGGCCUUUGGAUUGGAGCCAGCUGCCUCUGCUAGAGUCACCUGCUCGCUUCAGUCUGAUCUCAAGGAGUUGGCCCAGAAGUGUGUCGAUGCCACCAAACUUGCUGGCUUUGCUCUUGCCACCUCUGCUCUUGUUGUCUCGGGAGCAGGAGCAGAAGGAGCGCCGAAGAGGCUAACCUUCGACGAGAUCCAGAGCAAGACCUACAUGGAAGUGAAGGGCACCGGCACGGCCAACCAAUGCCCCACCAUCGACGGCGGAUCCGACGCCUUCUCCUUCAAAGCAGGGAAAUACCAGGCCAAGAAAUUCUGCCUCGAGCCCACUUCCUUCACUGUCAAAGCCGAAGGCAUCAGCAAGAACUCCCCAGCUGAAUUCCAAAACACCAAGCUCAUGACCCGCCUCACCUACACUCUCGACGAAAUGGAAGGCCCCUUCGAGGUCUCCCCCGACGGCACGGUGAAAUUCGAGGAGAAAGACGGCAUCGACUACGCUGCCGUCACCGUCCAGCUCCCCGGCGGGGAGAGGGUCCCUUUCCUCUUCACGGUGAAGCAGCUGGUGGCUUCUGGAAAGCCAGAGAGCUUCAGCGGCGAGUUUUUGGUGCCCAGCUACAGAGGUUCCUCGUUUUUGGACCCUAAGGGCAGGGGAGGGUCGCAAGGGUAUGAUAAUGCGGUGGCGCUGCCCGCCGGCGGGAGAGGGGAUGAAGAAGAGCUGGCGAAGGAGAACGUCAAGAACGCGGCGGCGUCGAAGGGGAAGAUUACAUUGAGCGUGACCAAGAGCAAGCCGGAGACAGGGGAGGUGAUUGGGGUUUUCGAGAGCGUUCAGCCGUCGGACACCGAUUUGGGCGCCAAGGCGCCCAAGGAUGUGAAGAUUCAGGGGGUUUGGUAUGCUCAGCUUGAUUAAGUAGGGAGAGGGUGAGAGGUUGUUGAUGACGAAUCUGCAAAUGUUUGAAACAGAGAUUUGAAACAGAGACUGCCCUGUUUUUUUUCUUAAUGUGUCAUUUUUUUUCGUUUUGUAUAUUAAAAUUUGCCGUCGCGGUUUAAGAAGUAAGACGCACAUACCUAAAGUUUCCUAAUUUACGAAAGGUUCUCUAAAAUCGUAAUGAGGGUUCAUUAGGAAUGCAAACACAAUUGAGCCAAACUAUUUUCAAUCCAAAUCUCAUAGGCUACUCUUUUACAAGUUGUAUACUAUGAAAGACGAUAGCUGAGCUCGAAUCUUCAAUGUGUAUUCUCAAAAUAAUAUUCGUCAUACUCUUAAAGUGUAUUCAAAAUCUAAGGAAAAAAUCCAAAAGUACCACUGUUUAAAAAAAAAAUCCAAAAAUACCACCUUUUUUAAAAACCGCCUCCUCACCCUGCGGUUUACAAGAAAACCUUUGGGGAGGGGCACGGUUUUCUAUGCAAACCGCUGGGCUAAGGGGCGGUUUUGGAAACCGGACCAAACCGCUGGGUGGGGAGUGCAAAGUUACGUUCGUUUAAAGUUUCGGUUUUCUAUGCAAGCCGCAAACGGUAUUCAAGAUCUCGAAAAGUUAUUCGGAUUAAAAAAAAUCGCUACGAUCGGAUACCCGAGUGUAAAGUUAUGUUAGUUUGAAGUUUCGGCCGAAGUUAGGAGUUGAUCGGAAAAAAAAAAUGGACCAAACCGCUGGGUGGGGUGGCGGUUUGGUCCAAAACCGCCGCCCACCCAGCGGUUUGGUCCGGUUUCCAAAACCGCCCCUUCGCCCAGCGGUUUGCAUAGAAAACCGUGCCCCGGCCUAGCGGUUUUCGUGUAAACCGCAGGGUGUGGUGGCGGUUUUUGAAAAAGGAUGGUAUUUUUGGAAUUUUUUGGGAUUGAGUGGUAUUUUUGGAAUAUUUUUUUAAACAGUGGUACUUUUGGAUUUUUUCCAAAAUCUAAUGAGUGUUUGAACCAUUCUUGUUGAAUCAAGUAUUUGAUUAACUCUAUGAUCAAUCAAAAUUAAUUUAACAAAGAUUACAUGGCCGAUACGUAUCAAUGCGAGACAAUGGUGACUGAAAAUGCAUAAUUGUUUUUUUUAUUAUUAUAAUGAAAUGCAUAAUGAUUCUUAGGAAAGCAAUUUACUCCAUAUUUGUAAUCGACAUAAAUUAUUUUGGAACUCAUGAUUAUGGACCCGAAUCCCUUAGUAUGAAGCAUUUUCUUGGGAAAAUAAAACUUCCAUCGAAGAGAAGCAAAAUGAAAGGCUUUCAUAAAAAUUCUCGUAGAAUCGAGAAUGAAGUUUUCAUUCUGCCUUCAUCCUGGUCAUGGAUAGAUCACCCAGGUUCGGGUCCAUAAGCAGUGACAAUUACCCUAUGAAGACCGAAAAUCCAAACGUGUAAUAAUUUUUACUGACAAUCCACAAAAUACUGAUAUUUAUAAUAAGAACAAAGAAACAACGAGGAACUAAGAAGAAUGGUUGGGACAACAAAUAUCCAUCUCGUUGGUACUUUGGAUACCUGUAUAACCAUCGAAGACUGUUGAAGUGCCUAAUUCCGUAAAAUUAAAUGGGCGUUGAGGACAAAGAAAUUGUUGGAGUUAACUUAACAUUUUUCGUUAUUCACAACAAUCAGAUUUUCGUCGAGACAUAAUAAAAGGCUCUAUAAGAG